UUCUCUGUGCCUACUCCUGCUGCCGCUGCCGCUGCCGCUACUGCUCGCAGCCCGCGUGCGCGCGCAGGCUCAGCUCGAAGAAGUCGCCACCUUCUCUCCCCCCCUCACAUUUAGAGAGAGAGAGAGAGAGAGAGAGAGAGAGAGAGGCAGAAGCGCCAUUUCCUCUCUUGGCACAGCCGCGCGCGCAAGGGCCAACGGGCGGGGAUUCUUGGAUGUGACAAGCCGAGCGAGCGAUCGAGCGGAGCUUCCCUGAUCAGAGCAGGCCGCCUCCCUCGCUCCUCUCUUCCAUAGCCAUAGGAGGGAGGACCGCAGGCACGAGAGGAAUCAGCCAGUCGUCUUCUCCGCCGCGCCUUCUUCUUCCUCACAUACACCCAUCCUCCCUUCUUCCUCUUCACGGAAGAAGAGCUCAACCAGGAGGAAAAGAGGAGUCCUGUCACCUGUGGCCUCACGGGAUUCACCAGGCUUCCCUCAAGAGCUGAUGUGCUUUGGGAGCUACGGCAAUGGCGUCGCUUGUGCCCGGGGUCCUCCUCAAGCUCCUGCAGCACAUGAACAGCGACGUCAAAGUCGCAGGCGAGCACCGGUCCUCCCUUCUUCAGGUCGUCAGCAUUGUUCCCGCGCUUGCUGGCAGCGACCUCUUCACCAACCAGGGGUUCUACCUCAAGGUGUCUGAUUCCUCGCACGCGACCUACGUUUCCCUGCCGGAGGACCAGCAUGAUCUCAUAUUGAGCGACACCAUUCAGCUGGGGCAGUUCAUCCAUGUAGACCGUCUGGAGGCCGCCACCCCGGUGCCUAUCUUGAGGGGAGUCAGGCCAGUUCCUGGCCGACAUGCGUGCGUCGGCACUCCCGAAGAUCUUGUCAUGACUAGUUCCUCCAAGUUUCUUGGCGAGAAAAAGGCACAACCACCCGCCAACGGUUCCAAGGAUGCAGGGGCCUUGUCACUAGAGAAAGAGCAGAGCAAGUUGGAGAAACUAAAUGCUUCUGUGAAGAGCAACGGGAUGGAAAGCAAGAAACCGCAGCUGACCAAGUCGAACUCUUCGCUUUCGAAACAAGCGCUGGCCAGCCUUUUCGACAAGAAGGAAGUGGUUACCUCAAAGGUGAAGUCAAACAAUCCUAGGUCGACACCUUCAUCGCCUACCAGUGUACAUUCUCUACCUGCAUCAUUUGAAAGAUUCUCAAAUGACAUGAAGCAGAGAACAAAAGUGAAAGGAGCAGACAAGUCAUCACCAGCAAAGUUAUCCUUGUUAGAAAAAGCAGCUUCUGUGUUGAAGGUUACUACAGCAGGGAGGAAGUCCUCUGCAGGCAACUCCCUUAGUAACACUCUGUUAAGUCUUGAAUCGGGACCAAAGGCGUUGAGAAGAAGCUGGGAAGGGAAGGCAGAUGCAAACGUCAAGGCCAAUUCAGAUUCAAAGGGAGCCAAAGCUGACAGGAAGUCUGAGAUUAGAAGCACAUCGACUCCUAGACGAAGACCACCACCAGCAGCAGAUGAGAAGCCCUCACACAAGGAUGACACUAAGAUUCAGACUCCUCCAAGGAAGAGCACAGCAAGUGCUCCCUCAGAUGAUUCUGACCGAAUGGUGAAUAAGCAUCUUUCUCCUAUAAGAAGGACGUCUGGGGUUUUAAGCAACCCCAAUAUUACAAAUUUAGUGAAGAUUGCUGCAAAUAACAAAAAAUUGACGGAUGCAAACACUUCCUGGACGGCACUUCCUCCAUCACUUGCUAAGUUAGGAAAGGAGCUUCUAAAAUACAGGGAUGCGGCACAAAUGGCUGCGGUUGAAGCCAUGCAAGAAGCUUCUGCUGCAGAGAGCUUACUUCGAUGUUUAAGCACGUACGCCGAGGUGAGCUCGACGGCGGAGGAGCAGAACCCGCAGCUUGCCGUGGAGCAGUUCCUCGCUCUGCACUCAGCCAUGUCGCGUGCCACCGUCGUUGCUGACUCGCUUGCUAAGGCUGCCGCAGCGACCUCUACAACGACUUCACCGGACCGAUCAACAGUGAGCGAAGCCGCGAGCAUCGACGAGGAAUCCCUUGCCGUUGCAGCGGAGCGCCGCCGCCGCGCGGUAUCCUGGGUGGGCGCCGGUCUCGCCACUGACCUCUCCGCCUUCUCCCUCUACAACCUCAGGCCGCCCCCCGCCAAUACGUCCUCCCCGCUGGCCGUCGUGCUCGUCGACGAGUCGGUGAAGCCGGCCGCGACAACGAAGGCAUCGCCACCAGCGAAGUCGCGGCUGUCGCCCGCGAAGGGGAAGGGGAGAGCGGUCCAUGUCGUGGCGGCGGCGGCGGCAACGGCCGCCCCACCGCUGGAGUGGGAGAGGGGAGGCGGCGCGGAGGAGAGGGGCGAGCUCGCAAGGCGGCUCGGUGAGGAGGCAAGGCGGUGGUUCCUGGAGUUCGUAGAGCGGUUCCUUGACGCCGACGUGGCGGCAGCUGCGCCAUGGGACCGCGACCGUGCGGCGAGGAUGCUUCCGCAGCUGAAGCGCGUCAACGACUGGCUCAGCGAGAUCGGGAAGCCGCCCCCGGUGGCGGUGGAACCUCCGCCCCACGACGCGGGCGACGAGGAGGUCGCCGCCGCAGCGCCCGCCACUGCAUCCAACGGUGUGCCCGAGCAGACGAUAGAACGGCUGAGGAAGAAGAUCUACGAGUACCUCCUCACCAACGUCGACUCGGCCGCCGCCGUGCUCGGCGAGACGUCGCCGGCGGCAAACGGGAGGAAGGGGUGACCUGGGCUGUGCACAUUUCGUGGUGGCACUAAGGAGGUUUCGUUGGGCCGGGCCUGGUUGGGGCAAGAAGUGUGUCUCACUUUUUCACAAAGAAAAAUGUGUGGGCCAUUUAGUGCGAUUUUUCAUUAUCUUUGCCUUUUUGUUUUUAAAGUUCACAGGAAAAAAGUGGAGAAAGUGGUGGUAAAUGGCAAUGUGUUAUGUCUUCUUCUUUUUUGCGGGUGGCAAGGUGUUAUUUCAUUCAUGAUGAAGUUAGAUUAACUUUGUGUCAUGAAAAUAGUGGCAAGCUUGAUCUCAGAAAUCAAGAUACUUUUGUAAUUUAUGUAAGAGUAAAUCAGAAAAAAUAUUUUAAAAAUAUACCAGAUGGAUUAACAGUAAAUACUGGAGCUA